AUGUUCCAGUCACCAAUGUACGAUUUUGGUUAUGACAUUGCUGAUUUUUAUGCUGUCCAUGACGAAUACGGUACUAUGGAAGAUUUCGAAGCUCUAAUUGCAAAGGCUAAGGAAUUAGACAUAAAAGUUGUACUGGAUUUUGUGCCUAAUCAUGGCAGUAAUGAAAGUGUUUGGUUUGAAGAGGCACUUAGAGGUCAUGAAGAUUACUAUGAUUAUUUUGUGUGGGAAGAUGGAGUAGUAGACGAAAAUGGUGUGAUGCAUCCACCAAAUAAUUGGAAUAGUGUUUUCCGCAAAAGUGCUUGGGAAUACAGAGAAGAGGUUGGCAAAUAUUACCUACACCAGUUUGUAAUUGGUCAACCUGAUUUCAAUUACCGAAACCCAGCUGUUGUUGAGGAGAUGAAGAAUGUUUUACGAUUUUGGCUCGAUAAGGGCGUUGCCGGUUUUAGGAUUGAUGCUAUAUCGCAUUUAUUUGAAGUAGAUAAGGAACUCUUUGGUGGUAAGUUUCCUGAUGAGCCUUUAAGUGGCAAAAGCACUGAUGAUCCGCUUAGCUACGACUAUCUAGAUCAUGUUUACACAGUAAACCAAGACGAAACGUAUGAUAUGGUAUACCAAUGGAGAGAAUUAUUUGACGAGUAUGAAGAAAUAGAUGGACUACAGAGGGUAGUGAUGACAGAAGCCUACACUUCUCCUCAACUUACAAUGAGAUAUUUCGGAGAUGGCGACCGCGAAGGUGCUCAGAUGCCUUUCAAUUUUGUACUCAUUUCUGAUGUUAAUGGGCAAUCUUCCGCUGCUGAGAUAAAAUAUGCUCUAGACAAGUUUCUGACUUUCAAACCAAUAGACAAAUUAGCAAACUGGGUGGCCGGCAAUCACGAUAAUUUUAGAGUUGCUUCAAGGUUUGGUCCCAAGUUAGUCGACGGAAUCAAUAUGGUCGUGUUACUUCUUCCAGGCAUCGCUGUCACAUACAUGGGUGAAGAAUUAGGAAUGCAAAACGGAUUUGUCAGCUGGGAAGACACUGUGGACCCUAGUGCCUGCAACACUGAUGACCCCAUCAAUUACUAUCAAAAAUCGCGUGACCCAGAAAGGACUCCCUUUCAGUGGAACUCCGGGAAGAAUGCCGGUUUCUCAACGGCUGAUAAGACAUGGUUACCAGUAGCUGACACCUAUGAAACACUGAACGUUGAGGUGCAACAAUCAGCAGAGAAAUCACACUUAAAUGUGUACAAGAAACUGGCCGCGUUGAGGACGCUACCCGUUUUCAGACACGGACGAUUUGAAUCAGUUGCGCUUAACUCUGAUGUGUUUGCUUUCAGAAGGUGGCAUGAAGGUGAAACUUACUUGGUUGUUAUAAACCUGAGAGAGCAUCACUACCACUUAGAUCUAACGUACUUCGAGAACGUCGAGGGUCAUUUGGAAGUUGUCAUAAGCAGCGUUGACUCGACAAGAAAAAUUGGUGAGUUGCUGGAAGCAUCGAAUUUACCUAUUUCCGAUGGAGAAUCGCUAGUUUUGAAAAUAGUUCAGUGAAACAAAAUCCUAUUAAGAUUUAAAUAAACAAUUUAUUAAAUCUAUGUGGCCUUGUUCUUAUCUAUCAUUGAAUGAAUAAUAUACCGCUUCCAACC